AUGCCUGAAGACAGUUUAGCAUCUGAAGCCUUACCCGCCCCCCUCCAGUUUGUGCCAUCGUUGAUAGUGCCGGAUGCUUGGUCAUCGUCCGACAUUGGAGCCCAGAGGUCAACGUCCAACGGCGAAGACUUGAUUCUGACAGGUCCAAACUGGAUCGCCGAGGCAUAUCGUACAUUCCGUCUUACCGGCUGGGGAGUAUCCUGCAUUAUCAGACUGGUCGCUCUCCGGUUUCAUAUGGCUCACGACGCGAAAGCAGCAGUCAGACCAUCACGCGAUGACUUCGAGUCGCCGUGGUUCAAAGACGUCGAUACUCUAACAGGUAUUAUUCGGUGCUUCAACUUCCUUGGCAUCCGGUACGAGGUCCCUCCGAUCUUGCGCCUCAUAUACUUUGCAAAACUUCCCGUCAACCACCAUAAAUGGAUUCUGGAGUCGGAAAAACCAUGCCGGAAAUGGCUUUCCGAGAACUAUAUCUGGGGCGACUACGUUGGGGAGAAUCGUUGGUGGGCGAAUCUCAAACCGAAGCGAGGUAGCCCACCCCCGAGUGCGAUCCGGAUGCUGCUACCUCGCCGUGGGAGGGACUACAUUGAAGUCGACUCCAGCAAUGAGGAAGAUGUCAGUGUUAGUGCCAAUGUUCGGAAAGGCAAGAAAGCCACCCACCGUCCGACGUCCGGACGUAUGAUGGGCUCUGCUCAUCCCGCCACCCAUAGUUCAAAGAAACGACAGAGGAUUGUAAGGCGCAAACGGGCUGGGGGCAUCUUAGGCACCGGACGUACUCAUAAGAGGCCUCGGAGGGAGCCAGUUGCAGGUUCAUCCCGCAACAAUGAGGAUCUGUUAGAUUUAGAAGCUGAAGAAGCCGGAUCAUCAGAAGACUUGGAGUUGGAGGCGGGAGAGUGGUCCGGUGAGGGAGAAGGAGUUUGGAUCGGAUCGGACAACGAUAACGAAUAUGUGACAACUCAUCAUGGGACCAUCGUUCUGUCUUCCAGCGCGUCAGAAACUGAGUCAGUCAUACAGAUCACCGACUCACCUCGUCCGGUUGACAGGUUGCUCGCCAACCCGGACGAUGAAUAUGUUCCGAGCUCCGACAUCUCUUCUGCUGGCGAUGUGAUAGGGUCGGACAGUGACAUCGACAUUGAUGAAAGCCUUGACCAAAUGGAACUUGCCACAGCAAGGAUGCAAGUUGCUCUCGAUAUCACUCUCCUCCAUCUCAGAAGGCGAGGCUUUUAA